CGGCGUGAUUCCUGGCUCUCUGCUUCUGGAAAAGCUUGCUCGUGUAUCGCAUAAGUCGUGUGCAAUCGCUGUCUGGCUGAAAAUACGGCUACAUAUCACUGCAGCAGGGCAAGGAUGGCAGCACCCCCCCAGCGCUACUCCUACGUCGAGCUAGUAGGCGGCGCCGACGGCACCGACACAUGCUUACUGUUGUGCGUGGGCCGCUGCGGCAGCGACGCGCUGCAAAACAGGGAGGCGUGCUACGCGUUCCGCUGCGGCGAGGGCUGCGCGCGACUCCUCGGCGCGAACGACGUAUCACUCAAACACCUCCGGGCGACGUUCUUAAACAAGGCCACGGACGCUUUAGGAGUGCCGGAAUUGUUCUUGCACUGCCGCGAGAGCGGCGUGGACAUGCCUGCGAUUGUGGGCGACGCUCAGGCCUCGAGAAUGGCUGCGGCCGCGUUACGAGCGGCGUGCCCCUGGGCUUCUGAUGUUCGCAUCGAGGAAAGGUAUGAAGACGACCUCAUCCGUGUGACGAGAGAUAAUGAGGCGUUCAUGGUAGAAGUGUGCGGGCGGACGCUCGUCGUCAGCGCCGACGCGUGUCAUGAUGACGCGGACGUCGUGCUGCACACGGAAGCCCGCGACACGCAGAUCGUCAAUUCUAUAAUCGUGGACUACACGAGAGAAAACUGCAGGCGCGGCUUCGCGAGGGCAAAUGCUUUAACGAGAGAACGGGCCGCGUUCUUCGGCGCCGGGCGGACCUCGUCCAGUGACUAUGGUCCGGGUGUGCUGCGGUGCUACGUCGCGCCGCGGCUGCACGUCGAAGAAUGUGAAGGGGACGUCGUGGACGACGCGGCCGCGGCGCCAUCCGACGACAAUGGAGAGGGCCCGCUCCUCACCUUCCUCGGCACGGGCUCGGCGAAGCCCUCGUCGCGGCGCGGCGAGUCCGCGAUCAUAAUAGAGUGGGCGGCCUCAUCAAUCCUCCUCGACUGCGGCGCCGGCACGCUGCGAACGCUCGGGCCGGAUACUGAUGAGACGCUCGACGCGCUCGACGCGGUCUGGGUCUCGCACGCGCACUGGGACCAUUUUGGAGGCCUCGCGGCAUUGGUGGCAGCGGCCGCGCGGCGCCGCGGGCGCUCUAACGAGGACGUCGCGCGCGCGCUCAAGCGGCAGAAGUGCGACGAUGUCAAACCGCCUCUCCAGGUCCUGGCGCCGGCGCGCGUCGCCGCCUUUCUGGGCGUGGCCCUGGACGUGCUCGGGGCGCCCGCGAGCGGCUACACCAUUCAACAAAUCGCGGACCAAGCCUCCUCGAAGAUCCAGCGCGGGCCGCUUUCCAUAACGUCGAUCCGCGUGACGCACUGCCGCGAGGCCUUUGCGUGUAUUGCGCGAUGCGACGACGAAGAGUGGGCCGUCGCCUACUCUGGGGACGGCCGGCCCUCGGAGCACUUCGCGCGCAAGUGUCGGGAGGAAGGCAAGUUGGUCUUGAUACAUGAGGCGACGUUUUCUGAUGAGGACAAAGCUAAAGCGUUAGCUACAAAGCACGCGACGGUGUCGGAGGCGCUUCGAAUGGCAGCUGACGCGAACGCGGAUUGCUGCAUACUCACCCACAUCUCGCAGCGCUACGACGGCGUCUUGGACGUUGAUGAUGCGCUCGUGGCCUUCGACGGGCUCCGCGUGCGCGCCGCCUCCGUAGCUACGUUGUAUGAGGCUUCAGCAAAAUGCGAGCGGGCCGUGGCCGCGAGCGCCAAAGCGCGGCGCGAGGCCCGCAAAUUGAGACGCUGGGACGACGCUCCGUCCACGCGGCGACCGCCGGACGUCCGCGGUACGCCUGUGGCUUCACCGAAACCUUCUGAUGCGCUCGAGGACGCGCUCCGCGCCUUCUACGCCGUCCACGCGCCCCAGAAGGCAAAGGACGCGCCGCAGAUCGCUGCGGUCUUCCGGCGCGACUUCGAGGCCAUGGACGACCGCCUCUUCCGCAAGUACGGCGCGCGGCUGCAAUUACCAAACGACGCGGCGUCGUCGGACGACUCGUCGGACGACGAGGCCCAGGCCGUGUUAGCUUCGCCGGGGGGCUUCGCGGCUUUGGUUGGGGGCUGCGGCGACCUACCGGCGCGGCCCGUGUUUAGUUAG